GUUUCUAAAUAGUUUUAUGUUAUCUUUAAACUUGACAUAGAUAGCAUCGACCUCCUUCUUCCCAUCCAGGUGGAAGUGCUGAUUGUUGGUCGUAUUGUGUGUCUGACCCUCCACCAUGUAGUCACCUGAGUGCCGACAGCAGAGCUCCGUCCAUGGCAUCUUUCUAAACAACGAGUCUUUCAUCCUCCGGUCCGAUCCGCGACAUAAAUACCCUCCGUUCAUCAUGCUGCAGAUCGGGGAUGAGGUGGUGUAUUUCUCGGCAGUGUUUCUGCUGGUGAUGUUGGGGACGAGGAGCGCCACCGGGGCCUCCCUCCUCACCGCAUUCCUCUAUGUCUUCAUGGUGAUGUUCCGGUUUCCUCCGGUGCCUGCGGAGCAGGCCGGCCGCGUCCUCCGGCCCAGGGCUCCAUCAGGCGGCGUCCCGGUGGUGGCGCACCGUGGAGGGAGCCACGACGCUCCGGAGAACACCUUGGCAGCGAUCAGAGAGGCCAGUAGAAAUGGGGCAACUGGAGUGCAGCUGGACCUGAGUUUCACAGCUGAUGGAGUGCCUGUACUGAUGCAUGAUGAGACUUUGGACCGCACCACCAACAGCUCUGGACCAGUUAACAAACUGCAGUUUGCCCAACUUAGAAGAGUGGAUGCUGCUGUUCGCCACAGGCUCAAGAACAAGUUCAGUGGUGAGAAGGUCCCGACUCUGCGGGAGGCAGUGGAGGAAUGCAUCAGACACCAGCUGACCAUCUUCUUUGAUGUCAAAGGUCAACCUGAUAAGGCUGCAUCAGCACUUCGUGACAUGUUCAGGAAGUUUCCUGUCCUUUAUAAUUCCAGCAUUGUUAUCUCCUUUGAACCCAAAGUCAUCUACAAGAUGCGUCAGACUGACCCCAAUGUGGUCACGGGUCUCACUCACCGUCCAUGGAGACUAAGCCGUUUUCGCGAUGGCACUCCUCGGACUCUGUCGUCAUGGGGUCAGAUGUGGACAGGGGUUCUGGAUGUAUUGUUGGACUGGGCCCACCACCACAUACUGUGGAAGCUCUGUGGAGUCUCUGCCAUCCUCGUGCAGAAAGACUUCAUCUCACUGGACUAUGUUCAGUACUGGGCAGAGCGCGGUGUGGAGGUGGUGGGCUGGACUGUCAACACCGCUGUGGAGAAAGAAUACUACCAAAACCUGCUGAAGAUUGGCUACAUCACAGACAGUCUGCUGGAAGACUGUGAUCCUGAUUACUAAAUGACACACACACACACACACACACACACACACACACACACACACGCACACACACAGUGAAGGCAUACAGGGAUGAUUAAAAUCUCAAUCUGUUUCCAGCUUGUUAAAGAUGACAUUUUGCAGCUUCUUAAUGAAUAGUUAGGAGUUGGAAACUCCUUGGUUAUUUACAAGAGAUAAUAUAAUCACUAUAAUUACUACAUUUCCCAGUUUCUUGUCCUUUCAGAGAUCAUAAAAUACUAAAAUAUGUAGAUGAAGAUAAUUAUAAGGUGGAAGGAAGCUAGAAAUCUGGUGCUAACUAACUCUGUAGUGGCAAUCAAAUAACCCAAGCUUCAUAGAAAUACAUGAUAAAUAUGAUUUUCUGUAGAGGUAAGAACACACUUGUAGCUGGAAUACAGGUAAUUUCUCUUUCAAUCUACAGACACAUUGAACCAUGAAGACUCAUCUAUAUUAUAUAUUCCUUGUCCUUAUCCUACUACCAGCAGCAAUACCUUCAACUCUCCUGUACCAGGAUUUAGGAUUAUGCUACUUUAAAGAUCCUUUCUACCUUCUGUGCUGAUCUUUCAGAGGCUUUAUUGCACCUUUAAAGACACAUUAGUGUAUAUAGUUGUAACAUUAGAGAAACUCACAUCAUAUCAAUGCCUGCGAGCGUGAUAUUUAUUUAUAUUUAAUUAUUUAAUAAUCGACUAUAAAAUCUCUUGUUGACAUUCUGAUCAUACUUGAUUCUGGAGAAACUUCUAUCUUCUAUCAUUAAGUUGCACAAAGAAACUUUAAGAUAUUAAAACUCUGAAUCGAAUGACUCCACUGUAUGGUGAGAAUAUCUGAUUGUACCAUUGUACCCUCCUCUUAAGGGAAAGUAACUUAAAGUAAAAAAAAGUAACUUAACUUCUUUAAUACCGUCGUUAUGAAUCCUAGCAGGAAUUGUAAGAAUCCAAAUUUCCAUCACUAAGAAAUCCUUGAAUGGAUACCAAAAACUCUGUACGUUUAACUUUAUUUACACAUUUGUUCAUUUCACUUUUCUGAUAUAUUUUCUGUGAUUUCCCUACAUGUAAUGCUGUAAUGCUGCUUUAAAUGAUUCUCCAUGCUGCUAGGAAUAGCAUUUGGAGGGAGAAGUACUCAUUCUUUUUAUUUGAUUUAAAGUGAACUUAACUCUUGCCUGAAUACAGUCACAAUUAAGGCAACAUUAUGUAGAAAUUGUUACUUUUUGCAAUUUUACCGCCCUAAAAUUUCAGAUUUAGAUUUUUUCUAUACCACUGUUGGCUAUGUUGACCGCUCAGCUGUCUCUGGUUCUGGUGCCAAUUCCAGGGUCACUCCUCGUCAGCAUUCCCUUGUGCCCUGGGCCUGAAAACCUCCUCCUCCUGGUGGUCCAAAACGCCUGGGGUACAAACACUCCCCUGGUGCUCUUUGCUCACAGUCCGGGCAGCACAGCUAACAAACUAAGCUCACAUUAACUAACAGCAGCUAGAGUUCACAGCUGUUUACAGACAAAGGCAAAACCAAAGCCAAAAGACAUAGGGACAUCAAACAUGAUCGAGGUUCACCAAAAUAAACAAAAUAAAUGAAUUGGUGCGUGACUGAGUGCCACUACUGACCAGAUUACAAGUCAGUGUAGCAUGAAAAUGAUUUAAAUCCCUUGUUUUAUGGUAGAAAAGUUAUAUAAUGUUGCUUUAAAGGUUAGUCAACAUAAUAUCAGAACCAGCCUUACUAUUACAUCCCUGUAGAGGAAUAAAAAGAGAUCAUCAAAAAAGAAGGCUGAAAUAAAUCUUGAGAAUGUAAAUCCAGUUUAUCAAACUGUAAUGCCUUUUAAAUGGAAAAAAAAAGAAUAAAUACAUUUUUAAAAAGUA